AUGACAAAGGCGGAGAGACUCGCCUUGCAUUCCACACGCAUCGCCCGGACGUCAUUUUGUGCGACUUGCAUCAAGUCCCGCGAUCCCACAGCCUCUCGGAAAUCAACCUACGGAUCUGGUCUUUCGCUCCUCUUUGCUCUUGGCUUCUCCUUGAGCUGUACGCGUUCACGAACAUCCUACCUGGCCGACUGGCCAACCCCCGCCAUCAUGCUGUCACUCGUGCUCUUGAUCCUAUUCGUGCACAUCGCCAUCUACCUAAUCAAUACAAUCGGCGCAUCUACAGUCGACCUCCUGCUAUGGCAACUCUACCUGAAAGUGCCCACCUCCACCUCCCGCAAUGCCCGCGAACAGCAACGAUUGAAGGGCGAAGUUAUGAAGCUGAAGCGCGAGAUGAAUAGCACGAGCUCCCAAGAUGAGUUCGCGAAAUGGGCCAAGCUACGCAGACGUCAUGACAAGGUUCUUGAGGAAUUCGAGGCAAUGAAUCAGACCAUCUCGACACAGAAGAGCUCUUUCGAUUGGGCCGUUAAGAUCGCGCGCUGGAUCAGCACCAACGGACUCAAGAUGUUCCUACAAUUCUGGUACUCUAAGACACCCGUCUUUGCCCUGCCGGAGGGCUGGUUCCCGUACUACGUGGAAUGGAUCCUUUCGUUCCCGAGGGCACCGCUCGGUUCCGUGAGUGUUAACGUUUGGAACACGGUGUGUGCGAGCGCCGUUGCUGCCAUCGCCGAGAUUUUGGGUGCGGUGUUGGUGCGGGUUAUUGGUCAGAAGCAGGUUGCCAACGAAGCCAAGAAGACACAAUAA